AUGCCGGUGCCAUGGUCUUCGAAGAGGCACCGUUCCUACAUCGCUCACAUAGCCGAUAGGGCUCUCACCGUAAAAAAACUGAACGACUUGCGAACUUUCCUCAAACGGCUGUGCAAAGCCCGGAUCUUGCACCGGCCCGGGACGCAAGACCACUUGACCUGGCAUACCAUCAAUCUCUACGACGUAACCGAUGCGGUGAUUAAGCCUGUGAUCUACUUCAGGGAACAAGAGCACAAGGUCUCGCGUGGCCAAGAAGCCAUUCCGUUUUGGAAGUCUGUUUUGUGCUCUUCUAGCGUGGGCCCUGCAAGCCCUGCAUCUGUAAGGACGCCCACCGGCUUCAAAGGUUUUUCUUGGGCAGAGCUUGUUAAUGCGGCUCCCCUUCGGCCGCAGAUCAUGGUGAGUCACUGGUGGGGUGGAAGAUUCAGCGAUUUCAUGUCAGCCAUCGACAAUGUCGUGGAUGACCGAUCAUUGAGCAUCAAUGCGACAAUUUGGACUUGCACCUUUGCCAACAAUCAGUUUGGUGAGAACCUCGGUGAUAGUAUCAUGGAGACCCCUUUCGUCAGGGCCAUUGAGUUUGCAGAGGUAACUAUCCUCAUGGUAGAUCGUGAUGCUGGAUCGUUGAGGAGGAGUUGGUGCUGUUUGGAGCUCCACUACACCAUCAAACUGGAGAGAAACUUUGAACUCUACACUUCAGCUGGCUUAGUGGGAUCUUCCGCUGUAUCAUCUGGCCCACUGGUGGACGCCGUUUCAGCAUGGGAUGUACGGGACAGCCAGGCUUCUGAGAUGGCGUACAGGCGGCAGAUUUUGAAUUUCAUUGCUGGAGAGCCUGAGAAGCAUGGCCUGCUGACCGUAGAUGGGACUGCUGAUGGAAAACUCGUGUUGAUUGAUGGCCGGCCACAGCUGGAUGAAGGUCAAGAUAGAUUCCGAGAAGAGCAGGCCCUCCUAACAAAUCAUCGCAAGGCCUUCGAAGACCUCAACAUGGAUGUACGUGUCUCAGUGAUCGGCCGGAUUGGCCUGACCAAGAAGCCAAAAGGAUGCCUUUUACCAGACUUAUUCCAGCGAGGAAUGAGUUUGGGCCAGCUUCGGACAUUCGCCCGGAAGGCGAAGGCGGUGCUAGGCAGAUCGUUGCCCGAUGUGCCAUGGGAGAACAUGCCUGUUUGGCAACUCUGCCAGCACUUCAUCGUUCCAGAGACUGCCAAAAGAAAUUGCUCAUAUGCAGAGCUUGUGGUGGAUGGGCCGCAGCUUCCAGACUUUUUCGUAGAUUAUCAUUUCAACAUGUAUUUUGCAGACGUCAUGUCUUCAAUCGAAUGGUUCGCGGAAGCCAUGAAACUGAAGGACUCCAUUAUUUUCUUUUUCAGCCUCUUAGCAUUCAACCAGGAACCGGAAGUCCUGUCGUCAGAUAUGCGCAGGUGUUAUUUUGUGGAGGGACAACUAAGCCUCGACCAGGCACAGCUCGAAUGCCAGGGUGUGCUUUUGACCACUGGUGACCAUGUGGUAGAAUGUAGCACAGGGCAAAUCCAGCCGUGGAAUAUGUCCCGGGCAUGGCGCUGUUACACGAUUGAGUGUGCGUCGCGCUUGGGGCAAGAUAUCUACGUUGGUUGCCCCACAGGCGUAAUGGCCUGCACAAGGCUUUUUCCGAAUGGCCAUUCCAAGGUUGGUUCCAUGUCACGACAUGUGGCACAGGCCAUGUUUGAUGUGGAUAUCGGAAACUCUGUGUGCGCAAGAGAGCCAGAUCGGAGAAGCAUUUUGGCUUUCAUCCAAGAAGGGUCUGGUGAUGGGAAGGGAAUCGAGAGGCUGCAGAGGAGAAUCCAGCGUUGGGCUGCAUUUCAUUUGGUUUCAGAGCUGGCAGCAUCCGACCAGGACCUUGACAAGCUUUCGGAAGUGUGCUCACUACGUGGCUUUAGCGUCAACGCUGAGCUUGCCAAAGGUAUCCUAGGAGAGUCGACUUUGCACGAUGCUGUGGCAGCAGGGUCGUACGCCACAGUUUGGCGCCUCCUUGAGUGGUUCACACCAGACCCUACGGAUGAAAUGCACGAGACGCCCCUGCAUUACGCUGCACUGGCUGGCGACAGUCGCAUGGUCCAACUGCUCUUGGAGGCCAGGGCCGACCCAUACAUGGAAUCGGUGUUUGGCGAGACUCCGCUGAACGUCGCGCGUGAUGGAGCCGCUGCCUUCCUCGGCUACGAUUCCUCUGCAGUAGCACCUCUGAUUGAGGCUGCUGAGCUUUGCGCAACCUGA